AUGGGGAGCGUGCUGCCCAAGUUCGUGGACAAGGGUUUCUCUGGGCGACCAGGGACGGUGAAGCCGGCCGACGAGCUCCAGCUUGAGCUCGUUCUUUUGGGCAGCGCCGAAGAUAUGUGUGACGGCGCUGCCGAAAAGGCACCAAAAAGCGUUCAGCCUCGCGUGAUACCCAUGGUGGCCGUCAAGAAGAAGCUCAAGGCGCGAUGUCAAUCAAAAGUCAACCACGUUCGGCCCAACGCUUUGUCCUCCGUCUUCUGGGCAAGUCACAACGAUGAGACGAUCGUGGCCACGUCGAUCGAAGUGCUGGGCAUGCUUGUGGAAGGCCCCCGCCGCCAGAUUUUUGCCCAGUACGCGCGCAACCUGUUGGUUGAGUUGCUGCGAAAUUUGUCGGACAGAAAGUCCAACGUGUUGGCGGCUACCUGCCAGGCUUCGAAUUGUUCCAGCAGCAAGCGCAGCCUAUCGACAAGAUGA